CAAUUUUAUUUGGUGAGACUUUUAUUGGCGUUCAAUGUUGACUUCCGCCGGAAGACCCGCCAAAUUUGAAAACGGUGUAUUCGUUUUACUGCAUAUCUUGAGGUCAUGUUUAAUGAUCUCCGAUCCAUCUAAAUUUUAGUUCGUUUUAAUUAAACAAAGCUUCUCUGAGUGUAGUUAGCCAGGAUAGUCCACAUGGACACGUCCACACGCUUUUUCGCCAAGUUGCGGAGUCUGGUUGUGCUCUUCGACUCGGAAAGGACCAACCUGGAACACACCGCGAGCCAAAACCUGAGCCUGGAAGAUGAUGAUGCAGAAAGUGGCGCUGUCCAAGCCCUACAUGAGCUCCAUUCCGAAGUUCGAGGGCUUAAGAAACAAGUCCAAAACCAAGUGGCAUCUCAGGAGGACGGAAGUACUGAGCUGAGGAGCUUCAUCAAAGCCUGCAUGGUGCUGAAACAGCGGUCUACAGAAGACAUAGAAAGAAUUCAGAGACACUAUGAAAAAUACGGUUACAAACCUCAUAAAGCCUCCCUUAAGCCAGAAACUAAUUGCAAAGGUGAGGCAAAUGUAGGAUCUUCUGUAGAAGAUUCGCCUGAGGGAGAGCUUUCUGAGGAGAGAGCAGAUGAUGAUGAGUCGGUUGAAGCUCCACAGUGUGAAACACCUGAGAAGAUGGCAUGUCCAGCUGUUGACCCAAUGCGCACUCCACAGCUCUCAGAUUUUGGUCUGUCAGCGCUUCACCUGCAGAUGGUGCUCGGCAAUUCAGAAAUGUCUCAAGAUGUUCCUCCUGUUCCCCCUCUGGCUGUCACUCCACCCUCAUUUAUCAUGACAAUGCACGAAUCCCAGCCAAAGACGCCAAAGUGCUCUCUGCGUAUGGACGAGGAAGCCCUGACUCCACGAUUGGAAGACUUUGGCAUCACAGAAAGCACAAUGUGUUUUAAUAAUGAUUUCACGAUGGACCUGUUCUGCAAGAAACCACCCAAAGACAGGCAGACGAACAGCACAACCGAAGAGAUUGACCAGAGACCAGAACACAGCCUGCCUACAGCUCCAUCUUGUGCCUCUCAUAGCAGAUUUUCUGACAGCAUGGAAUCCCCAGAGUUGCCUGUGUUCUCUACUCUGGAGAUUAAAAUGAAUAAACAACUGGGUCAGUCAUGUUCUCUGCCAAAGGGAGUAAGUGAUCCUGAUUCCCCCCCUCAGCCGAGUGCUGGCACCACAACACCUGAACUUCCCACGUUCGAGACACCUUACAUCAGCAAGCUCAUCAGUGCCAGAAAGGAGACCAAACAGGGGGAGGGUCUCACAGGCUCACAGAACAGCACCUCUUACAGUGCUGAAGGCCCAUCUGUCAGCGUUUUAUCAUCUGAGAUGCCACAAAUGCCAGGCAGCCUUUCUCAGAUGGAAGAAACCACCCCCGAAAUGCCAAGAUUGCAGUCCUUCUUUAGCAGCACUUUACCAUGUAUAGGGGCGAGUAAUCGGUCAGCGGUGACUGAACCUUCAGGUCCUCUGCUGCCAGCUGACGAACACACUCAGGAUUGGUGUCUGGCCACACCACGCAUCCGCAUGGAGUUUGAUGCUGAGCCUCGCACCCCCGAGAUGCCCGACAUGAGCUCCAUCACACAGGAUAUCUUUAAACUUGUGUCUCAGGCUAAUAAAAAACCACCACUACAUCAAUACACACAGGCUCAAAGGCUAGUUUGAACACACUGGCCCCUGGGAAGGAGAACAGAACUCAUUGUGUUGCUCAAGUAUCUGAAAAAGAGUUUCAAGGACUGUCAUCUUGCAUGAAACAGAUCCCACUUACCAGUCUCAACUUAGCACUCAACAAAAUUAACCAAGCACUUGAAAGACGGCACACAG